AUGCCAGUCAUGUUCGACAAAGACUCCUACGUCGGCAGAGGAGAACCAGUUGACGAAAUCGAUGCUCUCUGCAGGGACCUGUGGAGCUGCUACAAGUGCGCGAAAAUCGACAGUACUGAAAAGCACUGCAAACACAGCAUGACUUACGAGUGGUAUCAGAAAAUCAACGGAAACGUCAAAUGCGGAGACUCGAGCCACAACACUCAGUGCCAGAACGACCUUUGCGAGUGCGACGCGAAUUUCGCCCGGCGUUUGGUCAGCGUCCAGGACGAAAUUCGCAACGAGUUCAAAGUUUCGAACGGCUUCAAAAGGGAGGAUCGCUGCUUGAUCAAGCCUGAAAGAGGGCUGCCAGGAGCGAGGCCGCCAAAAGAAGAGCAAGAAGGCGAAGUUCAAAACCAAGUGCUGCGGCGAGAAAUUGAGCAGAGUUCCGUAUAA